UGUUGAGUUGGAGGGGGAGGUGAAGGAGGGGUACACGGGGUGAAAAAUGUAGGCCAGUCGCUGGGACCUUUUCCUGUGCCACUCGUCAGGAGGAAUUGAGCACCCGGUGCGUGUGUGUUGGGAUGUGGUGCGGGAGGCUGUCUGGACGUGUCACCCAAUGUUUGCUCCACCCACUUCACCGACAACCAGUCUAUAAGCUCACUGCGAUAUUGCUAGGAAAAAAAAAAACUUUUUUUUUUUUUGAAGUCCGUGUUUGACUUGAACGAUACACGAUACACACACCAACAUUUUGAGCUCGAAGCUGACUGUCACAGUGGUCGUAGCUGCUAUCUGGGUUAACAAGGUAGGGUCCACUGUCAUGGAUGACAAGCAAGUCAUGAAAGACAUCCUCAUAGACAUGCCGGUGGUGGAAGUGGAGGGCCUCGUUCUGCCAAAGUUAUUCGAAAACAACCGCCCGAUGGCUGAACACAUCGAGUGCAUCCGGGCACUGGAGCUAAACGACAACGACGUCCUUCUCUGUGCUUAUCCAAAGGCAGGCACACACUGGAUGUGGGAGGUCGGGUGCAUGCUGCUGGCUGGCCGGCCGGACUACGACAAGCGGACCAAAGAGAACGUGAUGAUGGAGGCGAUAGAGGUAGAGAAACUGCAGGCCCUCCCGUCACCAAGGCUCCUCAACACCCACCUGUACCCCAGCAUGCUGCCGCGCGAUGUCAAGAACAAGAAGGUCAAGGUUAUCCACGUCUACCGCAAUGUCAAGGACGUGAUGGUGUCUGCCUACUUCCACAUGAACCAAAUGCUCGAGGACAGCAAGUCAACGGUGGCAGAAAUGGACAAAACUUUUCUUGACGAAAAAUGUAUUGGAGGUAACUACUUCAUCUACAUGAAGAAAAUGGCCGAAUUCAGGAAGGAGAAUCCAGAGGUUCCUGUCUUUAACGUGUCCUAUGAGGACAUGAAGGAGGAUCCCACGGGAACUGUCAGGCGGUUGGCUGAGUUUCUGGGAGUACCUACGUCACCAGAACUGUGCGUGCAAAUUGCUGAGGCAUGCAGCUUCCAAAAUAUGAAGAUAGCAGACGACACCAAGCAAACUCCAGAAUGGUUUGAAAGGAUCCCCAUUCCUAAAGUUAAAUUUUAUAGAAAAGGGGAAGUGGGGGACUGGAAGAACCACCUGACUGUGGCCCAGAGCGAGCGCCUGGACGCCGCAGUGAAAGAGCUCGAUGGUCUGGACUAUCACUUCCGCUACACUCUGUAGCUUACUGCUCACCCGCUCUUUCCUACCUUGGACAGUAGGACAAAGAGAGGACAGUUGGUCUCGAUGUACAUUAUUGUGUCAUCGCCUAGUGGAUUUUUGGACUGACACGUGAAAUUGAGAUGUUUACAGGAUUGUUGGAUCAAGUUUGCAAAGUGUAGUGUUACAGAGCUGGUGAACACCGUUCUUCCUUUUGCUAAUGGAUGUUAUACUAAACAAGGCAGUCAACAAAUUCCACAGUCAUGCUUUACACUAGUUUGCCAUCACAAAGAUUCCAUGUUUGUUAAACCUCGAUCUACCCUUACAAACAAAAAGUUCAAAUACACCGAAGACUGAGAAAAUUAAAAAAAAGUCAUCGACUUGAAAUAUUUGACAGUUUUCAUAGAAAUAUAUGUGAGUGUGUGAAAUCCUUUUAGUGUAAUAAAUUCCUUUCUUAUUUGA